AGCGUUAGCCACAAGUUUAGCAUAACUAUCAGUGUCAGUUUCGAACAGAUAAAGGCUUCGUUGUGGUUGAAUUCAGCACAGGACUACAGUUUAAAGGCAAUUGCGCCGUUUAACGACCUCGCCGAAGAUGAUCAUGCACUGCUGAAGUGUGUCUCUGUUGUUUAGUCAACGUUGGACACGAACGCUAAUGCUACACUGCUAGCGUUGGCUUGUUUUUAUCUACAUGGCUAGCUAGUUAGGGCUGCUAGCCAGAACUCCAUUUACAUACAUUAAGCGUUAUUCGCACUGUCAGCGUCAAGAUAACAUUUAAAAAGUUACCCGGUCUUACCCCUGAGUGCAUAAUGUAAUGUUUCGAGGAGAUACCACAGUGCUAAGGAGCGGUCAGGUGGGAAUGUCUCAGUGAAGGAGUGCAACAGAGGAAUGAGCUCUGUAGAGCUUUAGAAGUUCACUGUUAGUGAUCAUGCCUCCAAGGAAGAGACCUCUUGUCCCUGUCAGUGCAAGAAGGCGUCUGAAGCCAGAUGAAGAUUACUUUCCCUUCAAUUUGCUGCCAGUGGAAUGUCAGCUCCAUGUGCUUUCGUUCCUUAGUGAGGUGGAUAAGUGUAACUCCGCGCUCGUGUGUUCUAGCUGGAGCCGCUUGGUGCGCUCUGGAAAGCUCUGGAGAGUGGCAGACUAUUCACGCCGUGGGGUGUUCCAUCUCGGACAGGAAGGACUGCUGGUGUCCAACAGGGAAUUCGAGCGCUGGAAGGCAUGGGUUCACCAUUACACUCACCACCUCAUAUCUCGUGGGGCCAGUCUGCUUACCCUCAAAGCAAGCUUUGAUUUGGGGGACCAGUGCAAUAAGUGGGGAGAGCUCCUGUCGCACCUGCUGGAGAAUGUCCACUGCAGGGAUCUGAGUCAUUUAGACUUGAACUGGACAUUCACCCUGCUGGAGCCGUUGGACCUCCGAGUCCACUCCAGCUCUAGCUCUCACCAGGACAACAUCACCAAAAUGGACCAGGUCAAUAACUUUCAGAUACUUUUAGCCAGACUAGCCCAGAGCUGUCCCAGAAUCACCAAGAUGCGCCUGCACUUUGACUGGUCAGAGACAUCCGUAGCUUUGAUAACUCAGUUCCAGCACCUCCGCAUCUUAGAACUUAAAUACUUUUGGGUAUUUAAAGGCGUAAGCCCAAGCACCUUGCAGACACUGACUAAAUCACUGCCUAACCUCAAGUCCCUUACUCUCCAUGUUCUCGUGCCUCUUCGUAAUUUGGGCAUUUCAUACACUCUUGAAUCCCUAUCCUUGGAGUUCCUUGAUGUUUCCCCCAGCCGAGGUCUGGUCUUCUCUUGCCUGAAACUGCCUGCGCUACGAGAACUGCGGGCCAAAAAGAUUGUGCGGGGGAUAACUCUAGAUCGCCGGACCAGGCUCCGAAUCCAGAGCAGGUGGCCCUGCCUGUAUCAGGUCUUGCGGGAGGGGACGCCCAAGCUACAAGCCCUCAACAAUGAACGACUCCUUCCCAACUGGAAGGAGCAGAGUUAUGGAGAGCUUACUUCCAUUCUCCAGCAGUCCUGCUACUGCCUCCAGCAUCUAGACAGUUGGCUCUGGUGAAAAGACUAUAGUUUGCAGUCAGAAUCUUGCACAGUUAAUGAAAUUAUGGUGCACACUUGCAGAAGUCAGGAUGGUAAAAUUUAUUCCUUACACAGAUAAUAAUAAAACAAGUACCAUUUAGGACCAAAAAUGUGUUCUGACUGACAGCAAAGUAAACCACUUGAAAAAUUAAAAAAGAAAAGUGCCAGGGCUUUAGAUGAGGCUAAAGGCGAAGUUUAGAUUAUAGACCAAAUACUCUUGGGGGGAAAAAAAAAACACAAGAUGUAGACUAGCUCUGUGUUUUGUCUAUCAGUGUAAAAUGACUAAGGUUCAUCCCUUUAUAAGAAAUAAGGUGAUCCUGUAUAACUUGUGGAAAACAGUGUGGGCUAGGUGUUAGAGCUGAAGGUCGACAUACUGCUCUCACAGUGAACAAGAUCACCAAUCAUGAAGCCUCAGACAGUGGGUAUUUGCCUAUUUGGGCAGCUUGAUAGCCCAGUUGACUCCAGAAAUAUAUGCUUACUUACCACAAGGGGGAAGCAGCGUGUGGUGCAGAUGCUGUGUAGUGGUGUGUGUGAAUCAGGUUUAAACAUUUCAUUAACUUGAUAUUUCUUUCACCUCCUGAAGCAAAAAAUAGUUUUUGUGGGGCACUUUUGUUUUGAUUUUUAUUCUAACUUUUUCCCCCAUUCUAAAUUUUGCUGCAGGCUAACCAGUGUGGUUAACUAUGAAACAACCCUGAUGAAGAAACCAAUAGGAUUAUGCUUUAACAUUUCAAACACUCUUUACACAUUCAUUUUUUAAGCAUUGCUUCGAUCAGUUAUUAGUCCUAAUCUUUUUACUUGAAUUUAUGUUGAGGAAUGAUACUUUAAUUUGAGCAUUAAAUGGUACAUUUGUUUAUCCAAAUUAUAUCAGUUAAAUUGGCAAUGUAUAAUAGUAAGGCCUGUUUAUAUACACAGGGAGUAAUCAGUCUCUUAUAAUUUAAUUGUAAUUUAAUAGAGGUUGUGUAAUUGAGAUUUUAUGAUCAGGAAAGUAGCUAAAAACUUUCCUAUUCCUUUAAAAAGACUUUUUGGGGAUUUAUCCAGUCAAAUUGACAACACCAGACCAAGGAUUAUGCUUAUAUUGAUAUUAAUAUUUCCAGAGAUUAUAUGAUAUGAAGUGGUUCUUUUAAGGAGCUUUGAUAUGAACCCUGUUACAGAGUUAUAUCUUUGACUGAAUCAGACUAUAAGAUUAUUUAGUUACCCAGACUUGCUUUGAUUUGGUUUUUAUAAAGAGUUGAGGCAAAUAUAGACUACAGAUCCAAAGACUAAUGGACCAAGUCAUGUGUGCUUUUGUGGCUUAAAAAAUAUGGCUUUAUGUGUUGCAGUUUUUUUUUUCUAUCAUCUCUUUCCCAUGUAUUGAACAUUCUCACAUAAACAGAACCAGUCUUGUAUGUGUAGUACUUCAUACUUAUCCAUAGAGGUCCCCUCAUCCACAGUUUUGUAUUACUGACAGAAUUGAUGUCUUAUCCUGUUAAUUUACUUUUUGGCCCUUGCACUGAUUUUUAAUGGCUAGAGGAAACCAAGUGAUGCAGUGAUUAUUAAAUAUUUCCUGGAAUCAUUAAUGACUGCCAGAAUAAAUACAUUUUGACUGGA